GUAAAAUUUCACGCAAACCAUGUUUCGUUUUUAAUUGUAAAUCUUCUUAUAACAAAGAAAAUGAAAGUCUUGCGUUUUUCCAUCCACCGAAGUUGUGUCUAAAUUCCUGGCAGGAAAUUAUUAAAAAGCCAGGACUCACUUGCCAGUCCAGAAUUUGCAGUAUUCAUUUUGAAGAGAACGACAUACUCAAAGGGAGAGAAAUUCAAGGCGUGUUUUACAGUUAUCCGAAAUGGAAAUUAAAAUCAGGUGCUCGGCCCAGUAAAUUGCUAGGAAAUGAUUUCAGCGUACUCGAAAGACCUGCUGCAAAGAAGUAUGUUCACAGUGAUAGGUUUAAGUCACCAUAUCGAAAUAUAACAGCAAAGUCUAAAGCUGCUAAUCCUAAGCUGCAGUUGGACAAUCAAUCAUUUUUGUCGAAUAACAACACCAAUGUAUUGAUCCCAUCACAUGCAAAGAAGUCAACGUCAAAUAGCAUAGCUAUACACCAACUUGACGCUGAAAAAGGAAAAGUAAAUGAUAUGGAAGCAGCUGAACCUGUGGCAUUACCAUGUGUAACAACAGAAGACAUGUUCCAGGAACCUACUACUGAAACACUCCUACACAUUCCACCUGAAAAAGAACUACAAUCUGAAUCUGAAUCUCAAUUGAGAGUAGAAUUUGAAACAGAAACAGAAACAGAAAAAGAAACAGUUGUUUGUGAGGAGGCUGAUUUGCCAGACGAUUUCACUGCAAAGCAGUACACAGCUUUUCGCAAUAGAGGAGGACUAAUUUUUGUUACAAUCCCAGUCUUUCAAUCAAUACGGGAAGUGGAAAAGAUUAUUUCGUCUCAAUUUGAAGAUGACGGUCAUUAUUUAGUGAGAGAUAGUUACGAAAUUUGUAUGUCAAAAAUCAAAGUACUCAAUCUUUGUCCUUUUUUUUGUGACACACACCGUGCUGACUCGUAUCCUUAUUUAAUAAUGGAAUUCGUACAAGUUAGAUAUCAUUUUGAAUCAAAGCGUUUUCAAGAACGUAAUUUGGCAGAAGUUGAUAGUAACGUGCGACAAAAUUUCAAGAUGGCAAAACUUGCUUAAUUUUUUUUUUCUAAAUGUAAAUUGUAUGUAUGUUAAUACACAUUACAAGUUAUAAAUUGAA